AUGGGUCGUGCAAAGCCAAUCGCCCAAAAUCUCCUUGCCAACCUCCCGGCUGAUGCUGAUGCUGUACCAUCCCAACCAAUGCCCCCAUCGAAGCGAAAAAGAAUCAAGAAGGCCCAGCCUAAGGCCAAGGCUGUUGAGGCUGAGGAUAGUUUGCCUAUCUCAAAACUGGCUGAGAGUAAGAAGACUUCUUCUGCUCCUGCAAAAAGGUCUGCCGAGACCCAACCCUCCGAGUCCACCCAAUCAAAAAAGCCGAGGUCUACCUCAGCUACAACUUCGGGGUCCAAGAAACCCGAUGUCCCCUGGGCACCAAAGUUGACUUUGGAGGAUAGGCCAAUUAUGUCAACUGAGAGUGCCGACGACAUUAAUGUCGGUGUCACCCUCAGUACUGCUCUUCUUCUUCCAAGCGAUCUGGAGCGAAAUGCUGGGUACAGCGAGUACGAAAACUACGCGCUAAUGCUCCAACACUCUGUUCAAGCCAUCCAGCACGCCCAUUCGUUUUCGAUGCAAUCUUUUGAAAAUCGGCAAAGAGUGAUCGACUUGAAGAGGGAGGUUUCUACCCUCAAAAAGGAUAGUAAAUCUCUUGAAUCAAAGAUGAAGAAAUUGGAAGAUCAGGCCGAGGCCGCUACUAAGGCCCAGCAGAUGACCGAGGAAAAAGCGGAGUCUGCUGAGGCUAUUAGAAAGGUUGCCGAAGCUGAAAAGAAGGAGCUUCAGGAGGCUCUGGCCACAAAAAAUGCCGAAAUCAAAGAAGUCGAUGAGAAGGCCUACGCCCAGGAUGACUCGCCGUUGCGUAAGGCUGAAGCCAUUCCUCUUCCAUUUCCUCCUCUUCCACCUCCAAGUCAGGCUGAAGAGGAAUCUGAGUCUGAGUCUGAAGCCGAAAAUGAAGAUAAGGAUGACGGUGAUGCUCUAAUCCUAGACCUGACUCAUGAAGAGGAUGAGGUGGUUAUUAAGGAGGCAACUCCUGAACAAGCGUCUUCCGACGUUCCUCCAGCCGAAAAAAGUCUCGAUGAAACUCUUGCAGAGAUUGACACCGAGAUUGAAGGAGAAAAGAUUGCCGAGGAGGUUCCACCAGAAUCUUCUGAGGUCCUAGCGCCCCUAGCUGUUAAUGCUGAAGAAUCCUGA